AUGCCGCCUUGCCAGACCAUGGCGAACCAAUUAAGUGGAUCGUGGGCCUGUCUUGUCGAUAUGGGGUAUAUUGGUAUCCAGCAUUCCUUGCGUGGCAUCCAUCCGAAGCGUCGGCCGGUAAAUGGCUCCCUGGACGCCAGUGACCUGGAGCGUAAUCACGCAAUCUCGUCUGAUCGCGUGAUUGUGGAGAACUCCUUCGGCAUGGUUUGCUCGCUGUGGAAGACAAAUUUCCAUCUGUCCCUCAUGCCAUUGCGCCGUGAAGACGAGGCAUUUUAUGGCCUCGUCAUGGCUCGCUACCAAAGGAUGGCCAGCGAAAAGAAGCGGAAGAAGGCAGAAGCUCAAUGA